AUGGGGAUCACUUCAGUACCUACGUUCCUAUUGGAGGAAGGACUACCGUUCGGAAGGCAAAGCGGAGCAAGCCUCGCGCUGCCUACGUGCACUCCCUUUGGAAACACACUCGUGAUUCAAACCAUCGCCGAAGCCGAGUUUCUGGGCCAAAUCACUUCCCUUCGGAAUGACAUGGCUAAGCCCCAAGAACACAACAACCUUCUCUCGUCCAAAAAGAAAGGUAAGAAGGGGGCAAAGGCGACGCAUGCACCCUCCAAGCAGCUAGUAGUCCCGGCACCCAGGGAUCAACCCCACCUUCCGAAGAAGGUUUACUCCGAUUGUCGCCAUCAGAUUAACGAUCGAGAAGCCGAAAGGCAAAGAUCCCAGAUCAGGAUCAAUGCUCACUUAAGGGACUCGCGGAUGACGGUUCUGGGAAACAAGUCACCCAUUCAGAAGGUUCGAGGUCUUGAAUCCAUGGUAGAAUCAGAUCCUGAGUAUGUCCCUUCUAAGACUCAAGGUUCCACCUACAGUUCGGCAACACUAACACGGUACUCGGAGGCCAAGCCACUGAGUCUGCGGAGACGUUCGGAGGACUAUGGUUCCGAGGAGAUCCCUAGUCGAGACCCUAUCAUCUGA